AUGCGCUUCGGAUUCUUCGCCAUAAUUUUUGCUGCAUCCGCUCUUCUGGUGUCCGCUACUCCGGUCCCUAGAAUCGAUCACCAUGUGGAGCAUGCACAUCACCAAGCACAGGCAGACCACCAUCUACAGCAAGCAGAAACCCACCUGGGUCAUGCAGAGACACAUGCAAAUCAUAUCCACGCGGCAGAACAAAAUGGUAACCAACAGCUCGCUGCGGCACACCAGGUUCAUUACGAUCAUCAUAUGCAACAAGUGGAUCAUCAUACGAACCUUCAUCAGGAACACCAAGCCCAGGCUGACUACCAUGCUCGGUUUAUUCACCAUCGGAGCAUAGACGAGUUGGAUUAG